GCGAGAAAGGCGCCGAAAGAUACGUCAAGAUUCGCGUCGGCGAUUUCUUCUUUGGCUUCUUCCAUGGCAGCAGCAAUCUCUGUGCUCACCAACGACGGCCUUGUUCGCCUCAUGGCGACGUACCAGAGUGGCCUCCCGGUGUCUCUACUGGGCCUGGACCACGAGUGGAAGGUCGACCUGGCCUUUGAGUGGGUCAAUGUGCCCGGCAUCUGCUUUGCCUUGCGCUACGAGCAGCGCGACGUGUGGUCGGGCGAGCUCUUUCUCAAUGCACUCGACGCGCGCUUUCCGCUGCACUGGGCUCUCUUUACUGGCCGGAGCGACCUCGCACUAACCUACGCCACGCUCAAGUGCUCUGAGCUUUUGACCCUUGACGCGAUCGCUCCGAGUGUGCUCUCGUGCGCCGCCAAGUACGGCACGUGCGUAACCUUUACGUCGUUGAGCGCGCUCGGCUUUCGCAGCGCGCAGCGCACGGCGAUCGUGGCCGCGUCCUACGGGCGACUGGAUCUCGUGGGUAUUUUAUACGACAACUGGCAAGGUCCGUGGCCACAAGCGGCUAUCGACGGCGCCUGUCGCAACGGACAUCUUGACGUUCUUCGGUAUCUGUGCAAGGAGCCUUGCUCGACCAAAGGCGUUGACGACGCGGCGUCACACGGGCACAUUGAUGUCUUGCGCUUUGUGCAUGCCACGCACAGCGUCGUGGGAUCUCCACGGGCGCUGCACCUCGCCGCACAACACGGCCACGCCGACGUGGUCUUCUUUCUACUGACACAUCAGCAGUGGACCGCUCGCGAUAUUGCGGUUAGCCUGCGCAAUGCCGCCAGCGAAGGCCACACAUCGAUCGUGACCUAUUUGCUCGCGCAGUACCCUCGUCCAGUCGAUGCGCCAGCGAUCGACACGCGGUCCAUCGAGAUCUAUAAGCUUCUGAUUGCCCAACACGUACCGGCGGCGCUCGACGUGGAUGCUCUCGUUGCCACUGGCAACCUCGCGCACGUACAGUAUGCCUUUGCGCACCACCUUGGCACGUGCUCGGCGCACGCGAUGACAGCCGCAGCGCGCACCUCGCUUCAAAUGGUCGAGUUUCUCGAUCGCGUGGGCGUUGCCUGUGCGCCAGCAGCGAUCGACGCGGCCGCCAAGGUCGGGGCGCUCGAUAUUGUGGCAUAUUUACACACGCACCGGACCGACGACAGCUGCACCGCCAAAGCGAUGGUCCACGCAGCCGCCAAGGGUCAUCUCGACGUGGUGCGAUUCCUGCACGCGCUUAGAAAGGACGAAGCCGGAUACGCGGAAGCGCUCGACAAAUCCGCGGCCAAAGGUCACCUAAACGUUGUGCAGUUCUUGCUGACGCAUCAAAGCAACGUCGGUACAGCCAACGCGAUCGACGGCGCUGCGCGCGCCGGCCACGAAGACGUGGUCGCCUAUCUUUUGGCGCAAGGACACCCGUACACGAGUGCUGCCUUGGACGGUGCAGCCGACGGCGGGCAUCUGGCGAUCGUCCAGCGACUGCAUGCGGCGGGAGCGCCAGCGACGACAGCAGCGUUGGACCGUGCCAUCGUCCGAGGCCACAUCGAGGUCGUGACCUUUCUUUUGGCCCACCGACGCGAGGGCUUUUCGCCGGUUGCAAUCUCAUGGGCGCGAAGCAAAGCGAUGCGGCAGCAACUUGCAACCAGUCGCUUUUGUCCAACAUAAUGUCCACGACCUAUCAUUAGGUAUUGCUAUAGAGGCGAAUAGUACCUUAGAUCUUGGCGGAGAGUAC